AUGUCCGCCACAAACCGAAAACGUAAAGCAGCAAAGUUCUACCAAGAGGAUAUAGUCCAGCGCAAGGACAACCCAGAGAUAUACGGGAUUGUCUUGCGAUGUUGGCACGAUGCCGAGGACCUUCCACCACCAGCUGACAACACGGAUCCUCUCUUAAGACCACUGAAGCAGGGCGAGGUCGGUGUAUCAUAUUUCCCCAAACCUAUGCGUGAAAUCCUGCCCGAAUCGAAGCUUGACUUGAUUGACCGAAUGUACCAACCUGGUGACCUGCUCAAGCGCAGCAUCGAUGAUGUCUGUUCUGGGGUCGUAACGGCUAUCGAAGUAAAGGGACGCCUGAGCCAUGCUAUUAGUGCAGGACAGCUACCCGAAUGGAAGAGUACCAAUGACAUCGAAGCUGCUAUUGAUGUCGACAUGGGCGACUACGUCGUCUAUGAUGACUGGGUCGGCCAGGUGAUCGAGAUGUUCGAUGAAGCGGUGGUGGAGACAGGCAGCGGCGACUUGGUUCGUGUCCCAGAAUUGAGCGCGCGCCUUGCAGUGGGCGAGAAGGGUCCCGAUGUUUUGCCACAACCAUUGUCGGGGGUGCAACAUCUAUUUGGCUUCCUCAUGGGCAAUCUUCGACCCAGUCAGACAGACACUGUUGUUGCGGUCAAGCGGACAGUACUAGCCAUUGCUUGGCUAGCCAUCAAUCAAUCCCUGGAUCCUGCGGAUGCACAAUUACGAUUGCGUCCCCCACGAUUCUGGCAUGGUGCAGAUUUGUCGAAACUCACUCUGGUACGUCGUCGAGCCGAACAGGCACUACGAGUAGGGGAUCGUGUUAUUCUCAAGGACGCGGCUGGGUUACCGGUGACACGACAUGGACGUGAUGACGACCCGCAGAACAGAAUCGAAGUCCGCACCUUUGUGGUGCAGGAGACACACACCACUGUGAACGUUCUAUGGCAGGACGGCACACAAGGGACCUUGGAUGCUAAGGCCACGGUUCCAUAUCUUAAUCCGGAUGAGUACGACUGUUGGCCGGGCGAUCAUGUCCUUUGGAAAAAUGAAGACCAGAAGCGUGCUGCUAUAGUGCAAUCUGUGAACGCUGUCGAUAGGACGGCCCAAGUACGCUGCACGGACACCGAAGCGAUUGAGCUUGCUUCCCUACUCGAGCUCGAUCCUCACGGAACUGGUGAUUGGUCGGCUUUGUCGCUUGCCGAUGGUCUUGGGGUGCGACGGGGCGACUUUGUAUUUAUCCACAGGGAGGGUACGACGAACGGCGUCGAGACACCUAUGGUGCCAAGGAUAGGCGAAGUGGAGGAAUGGGUCCGCGAGGCUCCGAUUGUCAGUGAGAACGGACAGCUUGGAGGAUGGCGUCGCGAGAUGGCAGAUCUAGGAAAUUCCAUAGCUGAACGGCGGGGCAAAGACACAGCCGUUGUAGAGGGUAACAUUCAACGGCCACAGAAGGGGAACCCGUGCUUUAACUGGUUUGGUGAAGUAGCCGAGCUCCGUCUGGACGGUACGGUCGAGGUUGUACUGCCGGAUUCAACAUCAACUAUGUUACCACUAGAAAGGCUGACGAAGCUCUAUGACGGACUGGAGCAGCUUGAAGAGCUGUGGGGAGACGACGAUUCUGAUGGUGAAGAGGGCAGCAAUAUGGGCGGUGAGGAGAACGUGGAGGUCUGGGCCAUGGAUGACGACGGGCAUUGGGUCGAAAAUGACGAAGAUGGAGAUGACUGGGAAUCAACUGACGACGAUGGGAUGGAUUUGGACGAAGAGGGAUGGUCGUCGUCUAGCCCCACGGUACUUCACACCCACGACAUCGACGCGCCACUCGUCACCAACUCCACACCAGAGGCUAUGGACUCCGACGAAGAAAUGGCUUCUACACCAGCAACGCGGCCUCAAUCUCCUGACGUGCCUAGGGAUGCUACCGACGUUGAGGACGCCGAGGGAGCCGAAGAAGAUAGCAAGCCACCCUGGAAACGGUUCGAAGUUCUCUCAUCCGCUCCAUCUGAUCAUGCAUUCUUCUCUUCUCCCCCUGCACAACCAUCGCGGAAGUUUCUCGCACGCCUCACGAAGGAGUAUCGUGUGCUUACCAGCAGCUUGCCUGACUCGAUCCUUGUCCGGGCGUAUGAAGACCGCACGGAUUUGUUACGCUGUCUGAUUAUCGGCCCAGAGAAUACGCCAUACCAAGAUGCGCCGUUUGUGAUUGACUGGAUGCUGGACUCAAACUUCCCUCAAACUCCACCUAUCGCGCAUUUCUUGAGCUGGACGAUGGGCAAUGGCAGAGUGAAUCCAAAUUUGUACGAGGAAGGAAAGGUCUGUUUGUCCAUUCUAGGAACAUGGGCAGGUGAUAGGAACGAAACCUGGAGUGCCGCACGUUCAUCGCUACUGCAAGCCUUCGUCUCUAUACAGGGUCUUGUCCUCGUCAAAGAACCCUGGUUCUGUGAGCCUGCGUAUGAAAAGCUUCGAGGCACCGAGGAUGGUACAGUCAACAGCCGGCUAUACAGCGAGAAAGCUUACGUCCUCUCACGUGGGUUCGUACGGCGCGCUCUUGAAAUACCCUUGGGCAGUCUCGAGGAGGAGAUCCACUGGUUCUACUACACCACUGGGAAGCUUGCCAAGGUACUGAACGAUGCCCGGGGAUUAAUUCAGAAGAGCAAAACCACGAGUGAGGACACGGAAGCGGACAGGGAUCUCGCUGUGCCACGGCUCACAGGAGGUGGCAUCAUCACGCUUGAGCGGACCCUAGCUAAGCUGCAGUCGCUGUUAGACAGGCAAGGCGCGCAGCCGCAAGGACAAUCGUCGUCAUAA